CGACGCAUUGUUAAUCAUGUAAUGUGCGACUGGUUGUCACACAAAUUAUCAAAAAAUGUCAUCGUCGCGAGGGCUUGACAUUGAAAGCGCAAAAUCAACUAUCAAAACAUAACCUCACGGUCCUUCCGGUUGUCAUUGUUUGACACUUCACGAGCGCAUCUUGCGUAGCCUAAGUUUCGUAACAUGAUUUAAUUUAAAAAGAAUUCGUGCUUUUCCUCAUGCCUAUCAACGAGUCCGCUGAUUAAUUUCUUAAGGAUACUUGUAAUCUUAUCCAAUAAUUCAAAUCAAGAGAAGUGUAGUUAACGAGUAGUGAUGAGGCGUCAGAUUAGUACUAUUAGCAUUUGCUGGUUCCAUUGGAAUGACAUUUGUCAUUCUUGGCUGUGCGUUACCAGGAUAUGAAGUAUGGUGGCCAUUUUUUGUUGUAUUGUUCUAUAUAUUGGCACCUAUUCCAACUAUAAUAGCACGCCGUUACACUGAUGAUUCAGGCAGCAACAGUAAUCCAUAUCUGGAAUUUGCAAUAUUUAUUACCAUGGGAUUUGUUGUAUCAUCUUUUGCGCUUCCUAUUGUAUUAGCGCGAUCUCCAGCAGAUAAAGCAGUGAUACAAUGGGGAGCUUGCUAUUUGACAUUAGCAGGUAAUAUUGUUGUAUAUUCAACUCUAGUCGGAUUUUUCAUAACUUUUGAUCAAGAUGAUACUGAUUACAAUAUGUGGUGAAGCAUUGCUACAUUGUACUUAUCUAUCAUAAAAAUGGUUUUUUAUGAGAUUAAGGGACAAAAUCGAUCAUGUGGUUCACUGACUGAGCGCUACGUGUUAAUUCUAAAUUGCUAUGAACCUAUUGUAAACUGUUUACAUAAUAUAAAUCUUUACAUGGAUAUUCUACUACAUAGUUGAUAUUCAUGUCAUAAGAAAAAAAAUAGUAUUAUAGUGCACUAACUAUAAAUAAGAAUUUAAUGACGUCAUAGCGCCGUAAAAUAUAUGG